AUGCAUUUCCCAUCUGUCGCCGUCUGCCUCGGUCUGGCUGGUCUAGCCCAGGCACAUAUGGAGAUGAUUUACCCUCCCCCCUUCAAGUCAAAAGCCAACCCCAAUGCUGGUAGCGAUGUCGACUACAGCAUGACCGCCCCUCUCGACGCAAGCGGCGCCAAUUUCCCUUGCAAGGGCUACCACUCCCUCUUUGGUACAAAGGAGGGUGCCUCGGUCGCAGACUGGGCAGCCGGCGGUUCCUACAACAUGAGCAUCACUGGCGGUGCUAACCACGGUGGUGGCAGUUGCCAGGCUUCCCUUUCCUACGACAAGGGAAAGUCCUGGAAGGUCAUCCACUCAUACAUCGGCAACUGUCCUGGUGCUGGUACCACCACCUUCGACUUCAAGGUUCCCAGCGACGCUCCAUCCGGUGAAGCUAUCUUCGCCUGGUCGUGGUUCAACCAGAUCGGCAACCGUGAAAUGUACAUGAACUGCGCUGCCGUUACUAUUGGUGGUGGCUCUGGCAAGCGAGCAGAUGCCAUGAGCAACCGCCCUGAGAUGUUCGUUGCUAACGUCGGCAACGGCUGCACUACCGAGGAGUCGUCCGAUCUCGAAUUCCCCGAUCCUGGUCCUGAUGUGAGCAACGACUCCCAGAAGACUGCUGGCCCCAAGGGUACUUGUGGUAAGGCAGGAUCUGGCAGUGGCUCCGGCUCUGGCUCCGGCUCUGGUGAUGGCAACAACGGUGCUGUUCCUAGCACUCCCGCUGACGGCUCUGCUGGCGGCAACAACGGUGGAAACAAUGGCGGCAACGGCGGUGCUGCCCCAAGUGCCCCCGCUGCCCCUACUCAAACUCAGCCUGCUGCUCAACCUUCAGCCCCUGCUGCUCAGCCAUCAGCUCCCGCUGCCGGCGCCCCUUCAGCGUAUGAACCCUCUCCCUCUUCUAUUGGUAAUGCCCCUGACUCACAAAUUCAUAGUCCCGGAGGUGUUUUCGUCACCGUCUCUCAGCCCGCUGAGGCUACUGGUGCCCCUGCUCCUUCAGCUCCCGCCGCAACCAGCACUCUCUUGACCGUGACCAAACCUGCUCCUGGAACUGGGGGUCAGCUUGUUCCUACCAGCGUUGGUAGCCCUGAGCCUGCUCCGACCACUCCCACUGCUCCUGGCACUGGUGCAGGUGAGGGUGGCUCUGGCUCCGGUUCUGAAGAGACUGCUGGUGCUGCAUGCAGUGAUGAGGGCGCAUGGAACUGCAUUGGUGGAACCAAGUAUCAGCGUUGCGCUUCCGGUCGCUGGUCUGUUGUUCAAUCUAUGGCCGCUGGUACUACCUGCUCUGGCAACAAGAGCUCGGCUAUGGCCUUUGGUUUCGGCCGCCGACUCGCCAUUCGAGGUCGCCAGGUCUAA